UUAUGUCAGUUAGAUUUGUGUUCUAAAUGAGAGCACACAUUGCCAAUUCUAUCAAAACACUCUUAAAAAUUCUACAAAAAUAAUAUUGUGAACUUCGUAAGUUUUAAAACUUUUUGUUGAAAAACUGUAAUAAUGGUGCAAGUGAGAGUAUCGGAAGGUCUGCUGGAAGGCGAGUUGGUGCACAGUGAGUAUGGAGGCACCUUCUGCAGCUUUAAGGGCAUACCGUAUGCGCAGCCGCCGGUAGGAGACUUGCGGUUCAAGGCACCGCAACCACCAAAACCAUGGGAAGGUGUCCGACAAGCCAAAGAGUUUGGUCCAUCAUGCAGCCAAGUAGACUUCCUCAUGCAACCGAAGCCCGACUGCAGCGAAGACUGUUUAUACCUCAAUGUCUACACACCACAACUGAAACCCAACAACCCUUUACCAGUUAUGUUCUUCAUCCACGGCGGAGGGUUUUACUCCGGGAGCGGCAACGAUGACAUGUACGGCCCAGAGUUCCUCGUCAGACAAGAUGUCAUACUUGUCACUAUCAACUACAGACUGGAAGUCCUGGGCUUUCUUUGCUUGGACACUGAAGAAGUGCCUGGUAACGCAGGCAUGAAAGACCAAGUUGAAGCUCUGAAGUGGGUCAAUAAAAACAUUUCCUAUUUCGGUGGAGACCCUGACAACACAACUAUUUUUGGUGAAAGUGCAGGAGGAGCAAGCGUUGGUUAUCAUCUAGUGUCUCCGAUGUCGAAAGGGCUGUUUAAGCGAGCUAUCUGCCAAAGUGGAGUGCCUGCUUGCUGGUGGGCUAAAGUAUUUGAGCCUCGUAGGCGAGCCCUCGCGCUUGCACACCAUCUAGGAUACAAAUCUAAUGAUGAAAACGGUCUUUACGAAUUCUUCAAAUCACAGCCUGUUGAAGCACUGCUUGGAGUAAACGUCCCACUUUCUUUUUCUGAACAAAUUCGUGCAGGUUUCGAGUUAAACUUUGGUAUAGUUAGUGAAAAACUAUUCGGUGAUGAAACCGGAUUUUUUCAUGGGAACCUUUCCGAUUACCUAAAAAACGGUGUUCACGAAGGAGUUGAAGUCAUGACUGGGUACACUGAAGACGAUGGUGUUAUUUUAUUUGUAUUUGGUGAACAUACAAAAAUGCUAGAACAAGGAAAUACUUUGGAUAACUAUUUUACUCCUAAACAUAUUGCCUUGAAUUGUUCAUUAAAAAAGCAAAUAGAGGCGGGACAAAAGAUCAAAAAGUUUUAUAUGCAUGACGAAAAGAUUGAAACUGACUGGGAACGAGUGGCCCGAUACCAAAAGGCUGAAAUGUUCAUAUAUGGAACCAUAAAAUUCGCAAGAGCAUGUUCACAGAAGAAUAAGCUGUAUUUCUAUACAUUCAACUGCAAAUCUGAGAGGAACAUGGCAUGUAGCAUGUUGGGUUUGAACACCAUUACUAAUGGUAAAGAAGUAAGCUGUCACCUUGAUGAUUUAUUUUACAUCUUCAAUAGCAAAGCAUUAGAGCAGAAAAUCGAUUUGAAAUCGAAAACGUUUGAACUGAUCGAUAGAGUCACAAAGCUUUGGACUAACUUUGCAAAAUAUGGAAACCCGACGCCAAAUGCCGAUGGAGUGAAAUGGCUUCCAUAUACAGCAGAGAAAGAAGAUUAUUUGGACAUUGGUAACGAGUUGAAAGCUGGUUCGGCACCAGAUCACGACGAAUACCAAUUCUGGGAAGAUAUAUUUAGAGAAUAUACACCAGAAUAUGUUGAAAAGGAAUUGAAGCCAGUCCCUAUCAAAGUGCAAUUAUAUAAUGAUAUAUUUUUUGUUAUCAACGUAAAAACGUUAGUGUUGUUUGGGCAUUGGUCUAAAGCGGAUGAUUGCUCCAAAGCGACAACUUUAAUUUUGACAAAUCGGGUAUUUUGGGCAAGUGUUAUUAAUAAUAAAGGUGUAAUAAUGGUGCAAGUGAGAGUUUCUGAAGGUCUGCUGGAAGGUGAGGUGGUACACAAUGAGUAUGGAGGCACGUUGUACAGCAGUUUUAAAGGCAUCCCAUACGCUCAGCCACCACUCGGAGAUCUGCGGUUCAAGGCACCUCAACCACCGAAACCGUGGGAUGGAGUUCGUGAGGCCAAAGAAUUCGGGCCAAAAUGUAUUCAAUACGACUCAUUCACAAAAGCUGGUUUGCUCGGCAGUGAGGACUGUUUAUAUCUUAACGUUUAUACACCCAACGUACACCCGGAUAAACCUCUGCCAGUCAUGUUCUGGGUACACGGAGGCGCCUUCAUGAUCGGAGGCAGUAAUGAUGACUUUUACGGCCCCGAAUUUCUCUUAAGAAAGGGCGUCGUUGUCGUCACGAUAAACUACAGACUUGAAAUUCUCGGUUUCUUAAGCUUGGAUACUGAAGAUAUUCCUGGCAACGCUGGCAUGAAGGAUCAAGUAGCAGCACUGAGAUGGGUGAAUAAAAAUAUUUCCAAUUUUGGCGGAGACCCUAACAACAUCACUAUUUUCGGAGAAAGUGCUGGCGGAGCCAGUGUCAGUUACCUCUUAAUAUCGCCGAUGACUAAAGGCUUGUUCAAGAAAGCGAUUCCCCAAAGUGGUGCUGCUUUGAGUGACUGGUCACAGACAGUAAGGCCCCGGGAAAGAGCCUUAGCAGUAGCAAGAAAAUUAGGAUGCUACUCCGAAGACGAUAAGGAGUUAUAUGAAUUCUUCAAAAACCAACCAAUUGAAUCACUAACUAAUGCCGCAGCCCCCAUUUCACUAGCAGAAGCAAACAAGAAGGGCUUAGAAAUUUAUUUCAGCAUUACCGAUGAAAAGAAAUUUGGUAACAAUGAAAGAUUUUUCUACGGAAAUAUAGUCGAUGUUGUAUCCAAUGGUAUUCACGAAGGCGUUGACAUAAUGACAGGAUUUACCUCAGACGAAGGUCUUGUUUGGAUCGAAAAAGAUACGAUAAACGAGAGAUUAGACAUGAUAAGAAACUUUCCAGACAUGUUAAUUACCAAGCAGUUAUCAUUUAACUUGUCAGUUCAUCAACAGAUUGAGCUUGGAAAGAAAAUCAGAAAGUUUUAUUUUAAAGACGGGGUAAGAAUACCAGAAGACUGGGAGCAAUUGGUGAAGUAUUAUUCAAUGAAUACGUUCAUAUUCCCCACAAUGAAGUUCGCUAAACUUUGUGCUGGCGCUAAGAAGAAUAAACUUUACUUGUACAGAUUUUCUUGUAAAUCUGAGAGAAAUCUCGUCGCGCACUUUACAGGACUGACAGAAUUGAUCGGAAGCAAGCCUGUCACAAGCCAUGCUGAUGACUUACUGUACUUAUUCAACGCCAAGCUACUUAAUACGAAGGUCGAUAUGAAAUCUUACACAUUCCAACUUAUUGAUAAAGUUACAACACUAUGGACGAACUUUGCUAAAUUCGGGAACCCGACUCCUGACAACACCCUGGGUGUGACAUGGGCACCAUUUACUCUGGAAAAUGAAGAAUAUCUGGACAUCGGUAACGAACUGGUUCCCGGAGUGAAGCCUGACCAUGAAGAACUACAAUUAUGGGAAAAAAUCGAUAAAUUAUUCGGUUCACCCACACAAAUUGUUACAGCUGAUGAAAUAUAGGUUACAAAGAUAAUUAAAUAAAUCAUCAUUUGUAGUACGGUUACAAAUUAUGUAUGCUCAAAGGUCAGAUUACUGGUUUAUGUUGGAAAUUACAUUAAAUGGGUUCCAUAUUUUUUAUUAAUACAUUUUUAUAUAAUAUAAA